AGGAAGAACGUUUCCCAUGAGCUCUGCUUGUAAGCUCGCCCAAGUGCGCCUCUUCCAUCCGCGCGUUCACGAUACCGGCACACUCACUGCAUGAUGGCCGAGGGAGGCGGACCCGAGCCGGGCGGCGCGGCAGACUCCGACUCGGAGCCGGUAGCAGCACAAAUGCCAACCCCUUCAACCGAAAAUCAAAAACAGACUAUUGGGUCACUUUUGAAAACAACUCUAAGAAAGGGUGACGAAUGGUAUCUAAUAGACAGCCGGUGGUUCAAACAAUGGAAGAAGUAUGUCGGAUUUGACAGCUGGGACAUGUACAAUGUUGGAGAACGUAGCCUCUAUCCAGGACCAAUUGAUAACUCUGGGCUGUUCUCAGACCAGGAGACACAGGCCCUGAAAGAGCACCUUAUAGAUGAGCUGGACUAUGUCCUUGUACCCACUGAAGCAUGGAAUAAGCUUGUGAGCUGGUAUGGCUGCCUUGAGGGCCAGAGACCCAUCGUCAGGAAGGUUGUUGAACAUGGCAUGUUUGUUAAGCACUGUAAGGUGGAGGUCUAUUUGCUGGAGCUGAACUUGUGUGAGAAUGACAACAUGGACAAUGUUGUUACACGUCAUUUCAGUAAAGCUGAUACUAUAGAUACCAUAGAGAAGGACAUGAGGGCGCUGUUCAAUAUCCCAUCGGAGAAGGAGACACGGCUCUGGAACAAAUACAUGAGCAACACCUACGAGCAGCUGAAUAAGCCGGACAGCACUGUACAGGAUGCUGGUCUCUUCCAGGGGCAGGUGCUUGUGAUUGAGCGGAAGAAUGAGGAUGGCACGUGGCCCAGACAAGCUUCCCAUCCCAAAUCUAGUACAACCCCAUCCAGGAAUUUCACUACCUCCCCAAAACUGUCCUCCAACUCAACAGCCAGUAUCUCCUCAACAGUAACCAAUGGAGACAGCAGCUGUAGCCCUGGCUACACUCUUAACAACAGCACCUCCUCUGGCAACAGAUUGGGAGGCUACAAUUCCUACAGUUCCUCCUACAACUACAGAGAGUCACAGUCACAGCCUGGUUUGUGUGGUCUCAGUAAUUUGGGCAACACAUGCUUCAUGAACUCUGCCCUCCAGUGCCUGAGCAAUGCAUCUCCACUCACAGAGUACUUCCUCAAUGACCAGUAUGAGGCAGAGAUUAACCGAGAGAAUCCCCUGGGAAUGAGGGGCGAGAUUGCAGAGGCCUACGCAGAUCUAGUAAAGCAGAUGUGGAUGAGUCGCAGCAGCUAUGUGGCCCCGCGUACCUUCAAAACCCAGGUUGGUCGUUUUGCCCCUCAGUUUUCAGGCUACCAGCAGCAGGACUCGCAGGAGCUGUUGGCCUUUCUGCUCGACGGGCUUCAUGAAGAUCUGAACCGAGUCAAGAAGAAGCCUUACCUGGCCGUGAGGGAUGCAGAGGGACGUCAAGACGAGAUUGUUGCACAGGAAGCCCUGACGAACCACCGCUUGCGCAAUGACUCUAUUAUAGUUGAUAUUUUCCACGGCCUCUUCAAAUCCACUUUGGUGUGCCCAGAGUGCUCCAAGGUGUCGGUGACCUUUGACCCAUUCUGCUACCUCACACUGCCUCUGCCCAUGAAGAAGGACCGUACAAUGGAGGUUUUCCUGGUGCGAUCAGACCCUCAGUCGAGACCCACACAGUAUCGAGUGGUGGUCCCAAAACUGGGUGCAGUGACAGACCUGUGCAGCGCCUUGUCCAAACUCUGUGGAUUCCCCCCUGAAAAUAUGGUGGUUGCUGACGUUUACAAUCAUAGGUUCCAUAAAAUCUACAGACGGGAUGAUGGCCUCAACCAAAUAAUGGAAAAAGAUGACAUCUUUGUGUAUGAGGUACAGGAAGAGGACAGUGAGAAGAUGAGCCUGCCUGUAUAUUUCAGGGAGCGCCACUCCAAACAUGCAGGAAGUUCCACGAGCACCAUGCUGUUUGGCCAGCCUUUACUCAUCACUGUGCCCAGACACAACCUCAUAGCAGACGUUCUUUAUGACAAGAUCCUAGAGAGGAUUGGGCGCUAUGUCAAACAAUCCCAGAGCCCUAACGGUGAAAGUAGGGCCUCAGCCUCAGCUUCAGCUUCAGCCUCAGCCUCAGCCUCAGCCUCAGCCUCAGCCUCAGCCUCAGCGGCCUUUGCCAGCUGCAGCCAGGCUCCUGAAUGUUCCACAUCGUCUAGUAUCAAUGCCAGCCUGGGUGGCUGUGGCAGCCCCCAGUCAGACGGGGCCUCGUGCAGUGCCAGCUCCAGUAACGGCAGCAACCACUCGGGGACCUGCAAUGAAACGAAUGGACUAUAUGAUGGUGAAGAGGAAGCCAUGGACCACCAGGUGAGUCCAGAGCCAGAGAACGGCCACUCCGAAGAGGACGAAGAGGAGACCUCUGACUUGGAAAAUGGAUCUAAAGGAGAAGCAGCCAAGCCGAGCUCUUCGCCAGCCAAGCUCUUCACUUUCAGCAUAGUCAACUCUUACGGAACAGCUAACAUCAGCCCGCUGCCCUGUGAUGGAAAUGUCCUCAAACUUAAUCCACAUUCCACGGUGGCAAUUGACUGGGACACGGAGUCAAAGAAACUGUGUUACGAUGAGCAGGAAGCAGAGGCCUAUGAGAAGCACGAAAGCAUGCUCCAGCCCCAAAAGAAGAAAGCCACCGUGGCUCUGACGGAAUGCAUCGAGCUCUUUACAACCAUGGAGACACUUGGAGAACACGAUCCAUGGUAUUGUCCAACGUGUAAGAAACACCAACAGGCCACAAAAAAGUUUGACUUGUGGUCACUGCCUCGCAUUCUGGUAGUUCAUCUAAAGCGGUUCUCCUACAACCGGUGCUGGAGGGACAAGCUGGACACAAUAGUGGACUUUCCCAUCAGGGAUCUGAACAUGUCGGAGUUUGUGUGCGACCCUAAGGCCAGCCCCUACGUAUACGACCUUAUUGCCGUGUCAAACCACUAUGGAGGAAUGGGAGGCGGCCACUACACAGCUUAUGGCAAGAAUAAAGUUGAUGGAAAGUGGUAUUACUUUGAUGACAGCAGUGUCUCCUCUGCCUCAGAGGACCAGAUUGUGACUAAAGCAGCCUAUGUGCUGUUUUAUCAGCGCAGAGACGAGGAAGCCCCCUCCAAACCUCAGCCCUCGGCCUCGCUGGGUGGAGCCCCAGAAGCAGCCGAAGACCACAUGGACACAAACUGAGGAGCCCUGACGCGAAGGGACACGCACUGAAACACAUAUGGCAAAUAAAGACACUCGGACGCACACACAAAGCUACUUUAGUGACAGAGGACUCCACAGACUUAACAUUAUUAACCCCACCUUCCCCGCAUUUAAUUUUAUUUCUGUCUCGUAUGUUGUCAACUAGAGCCAACAGCCUUGUCAGAAGAGCGACCUGAGAGACUUCCUUCCUUCCUGAGGCGGGUGGCCUACUGAUUUCUGAGCAUAGUUUACUAGUCUGGAACUUAAGAGGAGUAUAAAUGGAUAUAGAUCCUCUCACUGGAUGAACAGAAUGUUAGAAGUGCCCUCACAUGCGUAGAUAAACAAAUGUUUCUGUUGCCCACAACAACAGUCAAAAAUCUUUAGGAAAAAAAAGAAGAAAAAAAAGCCAAAUGCACAUGUUGUUUCAACCAAAGCGCUCAAAGGUUUUUAUGAUGAAAUGUACCAACUGUUAAGACACGAGCAACAUACUGGCCUUGCGCCUAGAUUUAUCUCUGAUGAUCUUGCUGUGCUGACGUAAAUGCAAACUUUAACAGUGUGAUGUGCACACAGAACAAUACAUGCCAUGCUUGUUGAAAGAAUCCUGUGACCUUAUUCCACCUGUGUAGAGAAGAUCACUGAUGGGAGAUCUGGCUGCUGCAGACUAACUGUGGCAGUUGUGCUUCCGGCCUGCCGGCUCUGUGUUGCAAUCCAAACUACAGAGGGGAUGUCUUGUUUCAAGGUAUUAAGAUCUGCGUCUUGACACGAGUUGUGGCAGAAGCAGUUUUAUAGGCCUUGCUCUUAUUCAGCCAUCAUUUUCUUUUUGACUCACAGAAUGGGCUCUGCUGUCUCUCGGACCCUAAACUCAUGAGAGGAGUCUUAUCCUGCUACCAACUUUUCUUUUCUUUUAAAAAAUUAUAAUUUUUUAAUCUCAAUGCAAAAGCGGCCUUUUGAUUCCUGCAGCCUGACUAAAAAAGGGGGCACUUUGAAUUCUCCAUGAGUACAUUAUCUACCUGCUUCUGGUGUAUCUAGACAUGACAGAACUGUAUGAUUUGGCCUUAGCAUUAAGGGUUAUGGUCUGUCAUACACUUCCACAUCAUUUUAAUGUGUCUUAUAAGAAUAUUUUGAUUGCUGCCUGAUUGGACCCCUAGCUCACCUGCAAUGGCUUGUCCUUUAUUAGUCUUGUACAUUAAUGCAGCUCUGUAUUGAAAUGGCUAUGUUAUUUGAUAUCUUCAAAGCACACUGAGUGAAGCAAAAAUAAACUAGUAUGAAAGUGGUGCUUUUAUUCAUGAAACUUGAACUUGCUCCUUGUCAUUAGGAAGACUUCACAUGUGUCAUCAGAUGGGGUCAGGACGGCAUUACCUUAACAGCAUUCCUACAGAGUGCAGGCAUGUGGAGCCACUUGUUUCCCUUCCAGUGAUCAUAGGAAUAAGGCUGUCUCUGUUGGUAGCAUAAGAGAAGAAUCCCCCCCCCCACCCCUUUUUCUUUUUUUGUGGUCUUUACCGACACACAAUUAUCCCAGGAAGCAGUUAUAACAGGUGUCUUGUAUGAGUGUGACGGAGUAUAAAAUACAUUGACUUAUACUCGGCCUCAAGGCUCCUCUAGUGAAACCAGAUGGCAGUUAAUGGAUCUAUUCCCUUAAGUCUUGUUCUGUGGCAUAAAUUCUGCACUUCUUUGUUGCAUCACAGCAUGUUGAUAUGAAGGGCCUCCAAGUGCCCUUUUUGCUGGUUGGUCCUGCCCAUUAUGUCAUUCAGAGAUAACUACCUAAAUAUAAUAAUUUAAGCCUAUGCUUAGAAAAGCUUUACAUCAUAUUUGUAAUCCUAGAUAAUUCUUUGAAAACAAAAUCCAGCUGCCAAAUGCGGCGAAUCUUGUUUUCCCCCCUAAACCACGACAGCAAUUCAAACUCAAAAAUAACCGAAGAGAUGUAAAUAAUCACACUAUUGAAAAUAGGUGUAUAAAUUCUUGUCUUCAUAUUUAUCUUAUUGCCGAUAUCUACAGUAUUUGUUUUAAAUGAGAAAUAUUUGAAUUCAAAGUACAAUAAAGACUGGAAGCCUCAA